UUGCAUGCGGAGCACUCAUGGCCUUGUCUCCUGCAGCUCCCGCCCCACCAUCUUUUCUGGUAGCUACACAUGACCCACUCCUUUGACUAUAAACCCAUGACCCGCGCAACACAACUUCUACAUCUCCAAACGACACAGCAAUCUGUGCAAAAGUGUAUCACACCAUCAGAGCCAAAGUGCAUUUUAGCCAAGAACACAUAGCAACCAUGAUCCAUUCAAAGAAGCUUGCUCAGCUUGCCAAGAAGUGCCAGAGGCUGGUGGCAGCUGGUGGCCAGCAGACUGCAGACACCGACGGAUGCUGCAGCACUGCCUCUGUUGCAGACAGGGGUCACUGUGUCAUGUACACUGUUGAUGGAUCACGGUUCGAGGUCCCUUUGGUGUACCUUGGCACAAUGGUCUUCGGUGAGCUCCUGAGGAUGUCUCAAGAGGAAUUUGGCUUCUCUAGUGAUGGCAAGAUCAAAUUACCUUUUGAUGCCUCUGUGAUGGCCUAUGUGAUGUGUUUGAUUAGGAGAGAGGCCUCUGAAGAGGUUGAGAAGGCGUUCCUGAGCUCCAUAGCAAGGCCUUGCCACAGUGCGAGUUAUGUGGCUUCAGUGAAACUUAAUCAGCAAUUUGCUGUUUGUAGCUAG